AUGGGAAUGAGAUGUAACACAUUUGGAUUUUGGUUUAGAGUUUAUAUUUGCUUCAUUUCUGUUUGGGGAAUCCGUGAGUGUUGGUCGCUUAAUGAUGAAGGAUUGGCUUUGUUGGAGUUUCAUGCAAGAAUAACAUGUGAUCCUUAUGUUGCUUUGGAAAAUUGGAAUCCAAAUGAUUGUGACCCUUGCAACUGGUUUGGUGUCCACUGCGUCGAUGGUAAAGUGCAGAUGCUGGACCUAAAUGGGCUAUCAUUGGAAGGGACAUUGGCUCCUGAGCUUGGGAAACUAAGUCACUUAAAAUCUCUUGUGCUAUGCAAUAAUAACUUUUCUGGUGACAUUCCUAAAGAACUUGGAGAUCUAGCUGAGCUAGAGUUAUUGGAUUUAAGGGAAACUAAUUUGUCAGGAAGCAUCCCAACUGAGCUUAGUAGAAAAUUAUCACUAAAACACUUGUUGCUUUGUAACAACAAAAUAGAAGACAAUGACUCUCAAGAUCAAGGAAAUUUCAGACUUCUCUUUAAAUCACAACUUGAUGAUGAUUGUUCAUCAUCUCUGACAACAUUAUUUGCCUGCAUCAAUAGAAAGUUUGGUCACUGGUUCAAGCAGGGCCAUGAAGAGAAAUGUUUCGAGCUUCAGCCUCGUUCUAAUGAGGCAGAGAUUGAGAUGAACAUGCCAAAUCUAAUCAAUUAUGCGCGUCGUAAGUUACUCGAUCAAUCGAAUAACCUUCCAGCCGCACCUUAUAGUGGUGGACCUAAAACAGAUUUCAGUAACCUUCCAAUUAGCAUUAGUAGUGGAUCUUUUCCAGCUGUUCCAGAUGCGAAUAAGAAACAAAAUCAGUCACAUACACCGUUGCCUUCUGCCUCGGAUCCUUCACAUGAUGGAAAGCAAGCAAGUCAAGACCACCCCAAAACUUUUGGAAAUUAUUGGAAGUAUAUAGUUAUUAUCAUAGCUGUGUUUGUGAUGGUGAUUCUGAUCAUAGUUCUUCUUUGCUUUUGGAAAAAACCAGCAGCUAAAAUAAUUAAACCUUGGAAUACAGGAAUAAGUGGACAGUUGCAAAAAGCUUUUAUAACAGGGGUUCCUAAGUUGAAUAGAGCAGAACUAGAGACAGCUUGUGAGGAUUUCAGCAAUAUUGUUACCAAUGUUGAAGCAUGCACUAUAUACAAAGGAACACUGUCUAGUGGAGUCGAGAUUGCAGUUGUUUCUGGUCUGAUUAAUACUAGACAGGAAUGGACUAAGACCAUGGAAUUGAACUACAGGAGAAAGAUUGCGUCAUUGUCCCGCAUUAACCAUAAGAACUUUGUUAAUCUAAUUGGAUACUGUGAGGAAGAAGAACCAUUCACAAGGAUGUUUAUAUUUGAAUAUGCUCCAAAUGGAAGCCUAUCUGAGCAUCUACAUGUUAAAGAAGUUGAACGUCUUAGUUGGAGUGAAAGGGUAAGGAUUAUAAUGGGAACUGCCUAUUGUCUUCAAUACAUGCACCAUGAAUUAAAUCCACCAGUAGCUCAUUCCAAAGUUUCUUCACAUGUGGUCACGUUGACAGAUGAUUUUGCUGCAAAGCUUGCAGAGGUCACAUUUAGAAGUAUCGUAGAACCAUCUAAGUCAAGUAUUAGAGGCGAUUCAAAGAAAUAUGAGAUGCUCCGCUCUGGUCUUGACCAAAAUGUCUAUGAUUUUGGAAUAUUGUUGCUAGAAAUCAUUUCUGGUAAAUUGCCUCAUUCUGAAGAGCAAGGAAAUCUUGUGCACUGGGCUGCUGAGUUCUUACAUGACAGGAGAAGCAUAGGCUACAUGAUUGAUCCAAGUCUGCAAUCAUUAAAGGACAAUGAACUUGAUGUAAUUUGUGAAGUGAUUCAAGGGUGCAUCCAACCUGAUCCAAAGAUGAGACCUACAAUGAGAGACAUAACUUCCAGAUUAAGGGAAGUGUUUUGUGUAACACCUGAGCAAGCUGUUCCAAGACUCUCACCACUAUGGUGGGCUGAACUUGAGAUAUUAUCUGUGGAGGCUACUUAAAUCAGUUUCUAUCUCACUGUGUUAUCAACAUUCAACAAGACUCUCUCUAUCCUCUUCAAAGAUAUAACUAGAGUGGUAUAUUGAUUGAUGUUUGCUACUUAAAGCAUUUCUUCAAUCUCAAUAGUGUUAUGUUGUAAAAGUCUUCAUCAUUAAAUACCUUAAUUAGCUAUUUAUGAUUAAAUGAAAAGUGUGUUAUUGUUUAGGGGGGGUCCUAAAUGUAAAUUGUAUUUUAGUUGAUGAAGUUUGGGAUGUAAAAAUUAUGACAUGGUGUGACACAUCCAAUCAAUAUAUCGUGUGGGAUAUCGUUUUUACAGUGGUCGUUUUCGUGAAGAAGUCUGUUUUAGGUGGUGGUGUGUAAUUUGGUGGGUGUUAUCCUCAAGGAUGUUUUUCAGGGUGUUUAUUUUCGGGUGUUCAGCCUAUA